AUGGAGGCGUUUAACAAUACUACCUCUACGGACUACUCUUCAGAGAAAACCAACAGUACAAAGUUCGAGGAGGUAGCUCUCAGUUAUCAGAUCACCACCUCUCUCUUCCUGGGGACAUUGAUCCUUUGUGCGAUAUUUGGCAAUGCUUGUGUCGUCGCAGCCAUAGCAUUAGAAAGAAGUCUACAAAAUGUGGCCAAUUACCUUAUAGGUUCCCUUGCUGUAACCGACUUGAUGGUAUCCGUCUUGGUUUUGCCAAUGGCAGCACUUUACCAAGUGUUGAACAAGUGGACUCUUGGACAGGUAACCUGUGAUAUUUUUAUUUCCUUAGACGUUUUGUGUUGUACCUCAUCUAUUCUCCAUUUGUGUGCUAUAGCAUUGGACAGAUAUUGGGCAAUAACUGAUCCCAUAGACUACGUGAACAAACGCACUCCUAGACGAGCUGCCAUUCUUAUUAGUAUAACAUGGAUAGUAGGCUUUUCCAUAUCCAUUCCACCAAUGUUGGGCUGGAGGACAUCAGAAGACAGGUCUGACCCUGAUGCAUGCAAAAUAAGCGAAGAUCCCGGUUACACCAUCUAUUCUACAUUUGGUGCUUUCUAUAUACCUUUAAUUCUCAUGUUGGUAUUAUAUGGUAGGAUAUUUAAAGCAGCCAGAUUCAGGAUACGUAAAACUGUAAAAAAGACAGAGAAAAAGAAAGUGGCUGAUACCUGUCUUUCAGUUUCCCCAUCUACAAUGCAAAGGAAGUGCAAUGGGGAGCCUAGCAAAAACUGGAAAAGGAGUGUAGAGCCUAAGCCCAAUUCUUGUAUUAAUGGGGCGGUAAGACAGGGAGAGGAUGGAGCUGCUUUGGAAGUCAUUGAAGUCCACCAUUACAGUAACUCAAAAAACCAUCUGGUUCUGCCAAACCACUCAAGCGACAAUCCUACAGUUCCGUGUUUUGAAAAAAAGAAUGAUAGGAAUACGGAUGCUAAAAGAAAGGUGGCGUUGGCUAGGGAAAGAAAAACAGUCAAGACAUUAGGGAUCAUAAUGGGUACUUUUAUACUAUGCUGGCUUCCAUUCUUUAUCGUUGCUCUUGUUUUGCCAUUUUGUGAAACGUGUCACAUGCCACUGUUGUUGUAUGAUAUUAUAAACUGGCUUGGCUAUUCUAACUCUCUCCUUAACCCUAUAAUAUAUGCUUAUUUCAAUAAAGAUUUCCAAAGUGCUUUUAAGAAAAUCAUCAAGUGCAAAUACUGUAGACAAUGA